UGUGUGUCAAAAUUGCCAUAUUUGACAGAAAUUUCGUUUUAACGUUUCAAAGAUGUGGUGUCAGUGUUCAAAACUCUUAUCUGUUGUGACCGCGGCUACUAAACCCGUACGACAAACAUGUGUCCUUGUGGUAGCUGAACACAACACAAGAGAAUUGAAACCAACGACUAUAAACACGAUUGAAGCUGCUACAAAGGUCGACAACCAUCUAGUUGUACUUUUACCAGGAACCAAUACAUUUCCUGUUGCCAAAUAUCUAUCCACUCGUCAAGAAGUUGCGCGAGUACUCACAGCAGAAAACGUAACGCAUGACGGUUUUCCUGAAGAGAAUCUAACCGAAACGAUACUGGCCACACAAGAAAAAUUCCAUAUGACGCACAUAUUUGCAAAUUCUUCAAAACUAGGCAAUUCGGUUUUACCGAGGGUUGCAGUGAAAUUAGACGUGCCUGCUAUUACUGACAUUGUUGAUGUAAAAGAUCGAGACACUUUUGUUAGACCGAUUUAUGCAGGAAAUGCUUUUAUGACCUUACAAUUGAUGGACUCUAUUAAAAUCAUCACAGUGAAAGGAAAGAGCACUAGUAAAUUAACGAAUUACAGAAGACUCUCUGACAUAUUCCUUCGUCUCGAAAGAUGUUUACAUGUAGGUAAGCUUUGUACUCACAAAGCAAAUAAGCUUGAAAAGUUGGAGCUGUUAAAAUUAAACCGUGCAGCUGAAGCAAUUUAUCAAAGAGGAUUACUUUCAGUACCUGGGCCAUUACUUGAAGAUCCAAUGGAUAAAGUUCUAAUCGAACCUGCGCCAAUCAGCAAGAGUGAUCACCUCGUUCCUAAAUAUCACAAGAACAAGUGGGUGAAAUCGAAACUCCCAUCACUCGACAAUGCAACCGUUGUUAUUUGUGGAGGCAGAGGGCUCCGAACUGCUGAAAAUUUUAAACAGCUUUAUGAAUUGUGUUAUAUUCUAAAUGCGGCAAUAGGGGCCACAAAAUCAGCGGUAGACGCGGGAUUAGCGCCGAGGGACAUACAGAUAGGACAAUUCGGAAUUCGUGUUGCUCCUGCCGUAUACAUAGGAAUUGGAGUAUCUGGUGAAUCGUAUCACAUCGCGGCAAUAAAGGAUAGUAAAACUAUUGUCGCGAUCAACAACGACCCUUUCGCUCCAAUUUUUAAAGUUGCUGAUUAUGGUCUUGUCAUGGAUUUGUUUGAUGCAAUUCCCACUAUAAAAUCUCAAUUGGUUAUGUUUAACAAUCACCAUUGAAAAUUAUUCAUUGCAAUCACAUUAAGAAGCCUCUUUCUGCAUAAUUAUGUUUUUCUUAAUCAUGAUAUGAAUCAAAUUAUAUUAGUCUAGUCUUGGUGGGUUGGAAUUAUCAUAAUUAAAGUCGUCAAAUGAAAUGUAAAAAUAAAGGCAUUAGAAAAAUUCGUCGAUUCCGACCAGGAUUCCGACCCACUCAUAUAUUGUCACGCGUGUCAAGAUACUGGUCGUAAAUUAUUAUUGUGUGUCUCAUUUAGACGUUUUAAAACACCACCAAAGGGAGAAAAACAUAU